AUGAAGAGUAUUAUCCAAUGUCUACAACAGAAAUCCAAUGGACUGUUGGAGUCACCGACGGGAACCGGCAAAACGCUAUGCAUUCUGUGCGCUACACUCGGAUGGCUCGACCACAAGAGGUUGGACUCAUUGAGACAAUUGGUGGACACGAAUGGCAAACAGCUGUUGUCUUCGGCCACGAAGACGCUGAACGGGUGGCAACUGAAGGACCAAAUGCCGCAAAUCCUGUACAGCUCGCGAACCCACUCGCAGUUGUCUCAGGCGUGCAAAGAGCUCAAGAGGACGUCCUAUAAGUCGUUUAAGUCGGUGGUGAUCGGGUCGCGGGAACAGCUGUGCAUUAACCCGGAUGUGACCAAAUUGGACACCAUGUCGGCCAAGAACCAGACGUGUCGAUACAAAACGGCACGAAAUAUGUGUCAAUACUAUCGCAACUACGAGCAGAAAGUGGAGCGAAGUCUUGAGUACAGCGCGGGUCAGGUGUUCGACAUCGAAGACUUGGUCCGAUUCGGCAAAUCCAACACUUGUUGUCCAUAUUAUGCCGCGCAUUACAUCCAGAAGUCGGCGUCACUGGUGUUCAUGCCAUACAACUACGUGUUGGACCCGAAUAUACGGCACCGAAACAAACUGGAUGUCAAGCACUCGGUGGUGAUCUUCGACGAGGGCCACAACAUCGAGAGGAUGUGCGAAGAGAGUGUGUCCACCGAACUCAGGAGUCACUCGUUCGCCGUUGUCAUCAAAUACAUGGAUCAGUUGCUGGAGAAGCUGCGGGACUUGAAUGAGAAUAAGUACGAGGGUUCCGAUGACAAGGAGCUCAGCGAACUCGACGUCGUCGCUGUGGUUAAGCUCAAGAACUUCGUUUGCGACCUCGAGAUGGCUAUGGAUUCGAUGGUUAAGAGUGAGAAGAGUCUGAAGAUUACGCACCAAACGCCAGUGAUAUUCAGUAUAUUGGAAAAGGCGGGACUGGAGGUGCAGACCAUUCAGGCACUCAUGAAGACUAUGGACGAACUCGUGAUGUUGAUCACCAGUAGUGGCGAAUCGGGUUCACCGCAAGGGAUGGCAAUGUCUGCAGCUUUUAAUAGUUUGAAAGAAUUUGUCGAAAAACUGAUUCCGAUUGGCGUAACGACUGCCGAAGCAUAUCAAUCACACAAAGAAGACUUUAUUAAGAAGUAUAAGAUUUUCAGUGAAAAAGGUGUCGAAGCAGAGGACGAUAAGACCAACUUCUGGAACAAACAGAGUUCUCCCGAUUCAUGGAUUCUUCACGUCUGGUGUAUGAGUCCGAGUGUCGGUGCAAAAGCGCUGUUAGAUUUAGGUAUUCAUAAUAUGGUAAUAACGAGUGGAACUCUGGCGCCAAUUAACUCAUUUGAAGCCGAAAUGGAUAUCAAAUUUAAUGUCAAACUACAGAAUAAUCACAUAAUAGGAGACAAUCAGUUGUCGAUUAUAAACAUUUGUCAGUCGAGAGACAAAGUGGUGUUGACCUCGAAGUAUGACAACAGAGAUAAUAUGGAAUAUUAUAGGGCUUUAGGGCAGACACUCAUUGAGAUCUUAAGAGCGGUUCCCAAAGGAGUUCUU